GUGAUUUGUGCUGUGGGACUGUGCUUUGUUAGGCAGUCUCUGUGCUCUCUUUCAGAGACACUUUUCCUUUAGUUGUGGAUGAAGAAUUCUGUUUGCAGAGGCAGUGGAAUGCUCCAUGAUCUUUGGACCAAAGGGUAUGUGGAGGUAUGUCCCUCUGCAGACUCCCAGGACCCUUUGUCGUGCAGCCAUCCCCAGCAACACACCACCUGGAAGACAGAAGCCAGGAAAGUCUGUGGGACCUUUGAGACUUCUGUCCUCAGCUCCAAUUCUAACCCAUAAAGAAAGCAUCAUGGAAGUCUGCAUAUUCUUCCUUCAUGCAGUAAUACUUCUCCCAGGUAUUACUGCCAGUGGGCAUCAGGUGAAGUCAUUUCUCAAUCACACUGCAUACCUGUCUUGCUAUUUUACAAACUCUCAGAAAACUGACAUAAAAGAUUUAAGAGUUUUUUGGCAAAAAGGUGCUGCUGAAGUGGUGCAUGAAGUAUACUAUGGCCAGGAAAAACAUGACAACCUUAGUCCUAAAUACAUAAAUCGCACCAAGAUGGAUAUGGACAAAUGGACCUUGCAGUUGUUAAAUGCAGAGAUUGUGGAUGAGGGACAGUAUACAUGUAUUAUACAGCACAGAGACAAAGGAUCACCAAAGGUCAUACACACAUCUGAAUGUUCAUUGAGCAUCAUUGCCAACUAUAGUCAACCUGAGAUAACACAGCUACCCACUGGGGAACUAAGGCCCAAAGAAAACUUGAAUCUUUCCUGUUCUUCCAGUGGAGGUUAUCCAGAACCCAGGCAGAUGAUUUGGCUAAUUUCAUAUGAAAACACAACAAAUAGGCAUAUACAUCACAUGGAUGUCUCACAGGAUGCUGUAACAAAGCUGUACAAUGUUACCAGCACGCUGAAUAUCACAGUUCCUACAAACGUCCUCACUAAUAUUAGCUGCUUACUUCACCUUAGAGAGGAGCUGGGGAGCCUUGUCUCAGCGCCACUAACCAUAGAGAUACAGAGUGAAGAAAUGGAACAAGUGAAGGUAAAUUUCUUUGGCCCUCUUAUAGCUGUAAUUAUACUGAUCACACUUCUUCUGGGUUUUGUGAUAUUGAAGAAGAACAGAAAUAUCUCAUCUACCAGCCAGAGUGCCAGUCUACCAGUCUAGAAGCUAUCGAGCUUGAAAUGAGGCCAACAACUGGAGUGUUGACUGGGAACUAUCUCUGCAUACAGUGAGGCCUGAGAUCCAAUAGUAUCGGAUGCUGUGCCAGAACAAGAAUCCUCUCCGGGUACUCUGCAGAACAACAUGCAACAUGUUAGUCUGAGGACUGAAACCUACUAUCCAGUGUUCUCUCUUUUUUUUUUUUUUUUUUUUUUUCUUUUUGCUACAGAAUGGUAGCAAGUACAAGGUUCUGUUUGUCUGUUUGAAUUUCUUUCACCCCUUGGGAAUACUCUGCUAAUUUAAUGUUGGUUUGUUUUUUUUUCUGUGGUCAAACAAAUGCCAGUGCUCUCCUCAGUCUUCUACAUAAUUCAUUGGCAAUCACAUGAAUUUUCCUGGCUCUUGGUGUGCUUACUCUGUCUGCAAUCCUGAUAACAAGAGUAGAGGAAAUGCCACCUUGGAGCUUCCUGCACCCUGUGGUUUGUUUCACUGCCACACAGACUAAUGUAUUUUUGCCUUCUGUGAUACUGCUCAGAAAUGAAGAACUGAAUUUAGUGAACCCAUUAAAACUGGAAAGAAGAGAUGAACCCCUUGCCAUCCACAUCCCACAGAAGAAGGACUCUUCCUUUCUUCCAGCACCAAUAGAUACAAAGACAAUGCAUUUGGCAACCAGACUGGAAGGACGAUGGUGAGAUCUGAGGGGCAGAGAUCUUCCCACUUUGACAGUAGUAACAAAUAUCCAGAGAAGCACAGCAGGAGGUGCUCCUACUGUUAUAAGGACAAAAUAGACUCAUUUUAUUUUUGCUAGGACUCCUUCACAGUCUUGACAGGACCACAGAAAACUUUGCUAUGCAGUUAGCAGCACUAUUAUUACUAGCUAAGUGGCGGCUUUUUUAAGGGCAGGAGCUGACUUGGAAAAAUCCUGAGUGACUGCAUAAGGAGAAACUGUUUAAAAAUCAAAACUUUCCCUGAGCCUGUGCAGUUCUUCAGUUGGAUGGCUGAGUUUGAUCCCUGUGACCUUUUUGCUGUACCCUUCAUUAUGCACUGUGACAUCAUUAAAUCUUGUCAGUGAGAGUCAAUGAAGAAAGCAGAACAGGGUGGGUUACAGAAGGAAAUAUCUCAAAAUUGGAGAAAGACUUGGGCCACAGUCUGUGAAUCGUAACCCUCACUGGAAAGAUGAUCAGAGUCAGUGUAUUAGUCAUGAGCCAUAAAUGCUUUGGGCAGAGCCAUUGUGGCUUUGUCAGUAACUUUCUUGUCAGUAACUUUCUUGUAAAACUCCACACUGGAAAGAGGAACUUCAGGACACUUCCCCACCUUCUGAGAAAAGUCAUGCAAUUCCUAUAGGACAUAUGAAACUAGAAAUAAGCUGAAGGAAAGAUUUGUUUUGAAUAUAAUUUAUGGUUAUUUUAAAUACUUUUCUUUACUACCAUCAGAGCUUAUUAUGGGUUGGUAUCUCUUACACUUUGUUCGUCUGUAUUCUGACCAGAUGCUGUACUGCAGGUUUUUCAAGUGGAUGUAAGGAAAUUAAAGUGUGAGUUAUCGCUUAUUUGUAUAUAGAUUUAUCUAAAUGUAUCUAAAUAUAAAGUACAAAGUUAAGGUAAGCAGAUAUUGAAAACAUAUUUUAUAAGUAGGUUGUGUUCCAGUUUGGCUGACUAUGUUCUCCCUUUCUUAAUUGUGCUUCAAAGUGUAAAGAUGCACCAAUCCAUACAUGAUACUGUGCUCAACUAUAGCAUAUAGUUUUACCUUUCAGAAAAGAUUCUCUGUUUCAUUUAAAAUGUGCUAGUUCUGCAAUUUUGAACAACCUUUGCACUUUAUAUUCUUUAACACCACUGACAUCUUUCAGGAAGAAUGCAACAAAACUAAGAUAAAUUUUUUCUGAGGUCUUGAUUGUGUCUGUAAGCUUGACAUUUUCAACAAUAACGAGGACAUUAACAUCACGUUCACAAGACAAAAUUCAGCUCCGAGUUGCACUCUAUGGACAUAAAUUCUCUAUCGUUUCUGCCAGUUACAAAUAUUCUUUUCUGUUAAAUGAUGUUAAGAGUUGCUAGAUUCCACCUGCUUUUACCUCCAUUUUCAUGUGGAUAAGAGAAUUUUCAUGUCCUUUUGAGUUAGCAAAACCAUUCGGGAGUCAGUUUACUAAGCUAUGUACACUAACGUCAAAUAUUUUCAUUCAGAUCAGUAUCAUUCAAAUUAUAUGAAAAGUCAAAUGUUUUAUUUUUAUGUAAGAGUUUAUAUUUGCUACCAAAGUUAUUUAAUAUUAAAGUACAUAUAUAUGUAUUAUUUUUGUGAUAUAUAUAUAUAUAUAUUAUUUUGUGUGUGUGUGCUGGUGUUUUACUCUCCUGACAUUAAAGCAGUGUACUGGGGAAUAAUGACAUUCUGUGUUUUAGGGGAGGAAAUGCUCCCAGAAUUCAUUUUCAGAAGCAAGUGAAUAAAAAAGUAUUGC